AUGUCCGAUCUAGCAAACGAGUUGGGGUUCGACCCAUCGUUGAAGAAGAAGAAGAAGUCCAAGAAGGUUUCAGAAGUUCCAGAGACAAAUGGAGCGGACACAGCAGCAGAAGGCUCUGGGGCUGCAGAAGAAGAUCUUUUUAGCGGGCUGAAAAAGAAGAAGAAGAAGCCUAAACAGGCGGUUGGUGACGCCGGGGACAUACAGGACGCUGUGGACGAAGUGGACGCAGCUCUGGGCGAAUUGAAGCUCAAGAAAAAGAAGAAGAAGGCAAGCAAGGAAAGCACUGUGGACGACUUCGAAAAGGAACUGGCAAAAGCAGGCGUCUCAACGCCGACCGAGCGUGAAAACAGCAACGGGGCUGCUGCCAGUCGCGAGGGCUCACUGGCACCAGCAGGCGGCGAAGAUUCCGCUUCGCAGCAGGACGAAGGAUUGCCCUACCCGGACCUGCUUUCGAGGUUCUUCGAAGUGCUCAGAACCAACAACCCGGAGCUUGCAGGCGACAGGAGCGGACCCAAGUUCAGAAUCCCACCACCCGUGUGUCAAAGGGACGGUAAAAAGACCAUUUUCUGCAACAUUCAGGAGAUUUCCGAAAAACUGCAAAGAAACCCAGAACAUCUUAUCCAAUAUUUGUUUGCAGAAUUGGGUACUUCCGGGUCUGUGGACGGUCAAAAAAGACUGGUUAUGAAGGGUAAAUUCAUGCCUAAACAGAUGGAAAAUGUGCUGAGAAGAUACAUUUUGGAAUACGUCACGUGCAAGACCUGCAAGAGCAUUAAUACGGAUCUACGCAAAGAACAGUCCAACAGAUUGUUCUUCCUGGUUUGCAAGAGCUGUGGCUCCACCAGAUCCGUGUCUUCUAUCAAGACCGGUUUCCAAGCCAUUGUUGGUAAAAGAAGAAGAAUGUGA